UAGAGAUGGCUUUUUCUUGAUAAUUUACUUUUUGUUUGUCUUUAUUAAUUGGUAUUAAUUAUUACUUCUUGAGUGGUGUUGUUUCCCAAUAUCUUUUUGUCUCAUGCUAUCAAGGAGUGAUUCAUUUUUAGUGAAGUUGUUGACUAGAGUUAUAUAGCAAACGUGUCAUCAUUUCAAGUUUUCACAAGUUUCAACCGAUGUUAGAUGAAAAGAAAUUCGAAACCUUUUGCAUUCCAGUAGAAAAUUAGUAAAAUUUCACAUGGGUGAUGGCUUGGCAGUCGGAUAACCGUACCGAUGAAAAUAGCUUCCUUCUUCGGCUGAAGGUGAUAGGAGCUUAUCAAUUGGCAAAAAAGGAUAUAUUUGGUGCUAGUGAUCCUUAUGUACGUGUCGAACUGCAAAAGGCUGAUGGUGAUAUAACGCUUGAGACAUACCUGACGAAGACCAAGAAACGGACAUUAAAUCCAGUAUGGAAUCAGGAGUUUGUGUUUCGGGUGAAGCCCGCGGAGCAGAAGCUGCUAAUUCAGGUGUUCGACGAGAAUCGACUCACCCGAGAUGACUUCCUGGGCAUGGUGGAGGUGCCACUGGAGGGCACGCCCCACGAGAGUGCGGCUAACGCACGCCCGCCGAUCCACAAGUAUCCCCUGCGCCCGCGCAGGUCCGUCGCGCGGUCACGGGUGCGCGGGUACAUCGAGAUAUACCACGCCCUGGUGGGGCGGGUCGCCGAGGAGGGGACCGAGACCGGCGCGCUGGGGCACGACUGGGAGGUGGUGGAGCCAGAACCACAAGUGGGCCACGUGCAACCGGUGGCGGUCGGCACUGUACCGUCACCGGACUCCGAUGACUGGGAAUUGGUCGACGCGACGCACGCUUCUAUUGUGAUUGGCGGAGACCCGCUGCCGUCGGGUUGGGAGGAGCGGCAGGACGCCAACGGACGCACCUACUACGUGAACCAUGUGGCGCGCUCCACGCAGUGGGAGCGGCCCUCACUCACCCUGACUCGCAAUAUGAGCAGAGAGUCGGAAGUGGAACGAAUGGAGAACUUCGUGGCUGAGUUUCAAAGACGUUUCCAUAUUUCUGCUGAUGACGAGCAUGCUCACAACAAUAACAGCCACGACAGUAGCCAGGAAAAUAACCACGAAAACCAUCAGGACGAAAGCGAUAGGCCUGCUGAAACUUCUACUGACGCUAUAGAAACGAGAAAUGAAACUACAGAGGUCACACCUGAAGCCCAAUCUGUAGACACACCAAGCUCUGAUCCCGCUAUCAUUUCCGAAGAAACUGAAAAUACGAAUACAGUGCCUAAUUCUAGUAACGACUGUGAUACUAAUGUAAGAAAUAAUCAGAAUGAAGACAACGACGUAGUUUGUGCAAAUGAAAAUAGUGCACAAAGAGAGGAAGAGAAUAAUGAACUGGAAGUUGUGGAAGUUGCUCAAUCAUCUUGUGAUAAUAAUCUAUCUCCUAACAGUAGUCAAGACAAUUCAGAGACUGAUACUAUUGAAUUUGAGUUAAGACCGACGGUGGAUGAAAUAAUUGUUACAAGUCCUGACAACGAUCAAACUGAUGCAAUUGGUGAUGAUGUUAAUAUUAGAAGGGAACUAAGGAAUGAUGAAACCGGUGACGAGUCGGCUGAGUCUCUGACGUUUGAUGAGAAUCACUUUAGCACGCCGACCGGAGGUGUUACACCUGAGAGGCGACCCUCGGCUGAGGCAAGGAGGAGACGCACGACAGCCAGUUCCAUGAGCUCAGAGGAUGAAACGGAUGGGUCGUCGGAAAGCACGAGAAGUAGCAGCGCCAGUAGCACGCAGAGCCAGAACCUGCCCAACAGCGACGGUCUGCCGACUGGCUGGAGCAUGCAGCGGGCCCCCAAUGGGAGGAUAUUCUUCAUCGACCACAAUAACAAGACCACCACGUGGGUGGAUCCCAGAACAGGUUGCGCGUCGGGGCUGCCAAGCGCGGUGGUCGCAGCGAGCAGUGCGGAGGCGGAGGCGGACGAGCUGGGGCCGCUGCCCGAGGGCUGGGAGGAACGCGUGCACACCGACGGAAGGAUCUUCUUCAUAGACCACAACACCCGUACGACUCAGUGGGAGGAUCCGCGGUUGUCCAACCCGCAGAUCGCGGGACCCGCCGUGCCAUACUCCAGAGACUACAAGAGGAAAUAUGAGUAUCUGAAGAGUCAGCUACGCAAACCGAGCAACGUGCCCAACAAGUUCGAGAUCAAAGUCCGUCGCAACUCGAUCCUGGAGGACUCGUAUCGCAUCAUCAGCUCGGUGAGCCGCGUGGACCUGCUCAAGACUAAGCUGUGGGUCGAAUUCGAGUCCGAAGUCGGACUUGAUUACGGUGGGCUGGCUCGCGAGUGGUUCUUCCUGCUGUCGAAGGAGAUGUUCAACCCGUACUACGGUCUGUUCGAGUACUCCGCGAUGGACAACUACACGCUGCAGAUCAACCCCAACAGCGGGGUGUGCAACGAGGAGCACCUCAACUACUUCAAGUUCAUCGGCAGGGUGGCCGGUAUGGCCGUCUACCAUGGGAAACUGUUAGAUGCAUUCUUCAUCCGUCCAUUUUACAAGAUGAUGCUCGGCAAGCCCAUAGACCUGCAGGACAUGGAGUCGGUUGACCUGGAGUACUACAACUCACUCAUGUGGAUACGGGAUAACGAUCCGUCGGAACUAUACCUGACAUUUGCGGUCGACGAGGAGCAGUUCGGCAAGACGUAUCAGCGGGAACUGAAGCCCGACGGAGCCAACAUCGCACUCGACAACGACAACAAGCUAGAGUAUAUCAAAUUGGUGAUCGAGUGGCGAUUUGUGCGGCGGGUCCAGGAGCAGAUGAACGCGUUCCUGGAGGGUCUGGGGGCGCUGGUGCCGUUGGCGCUUCUGAAGAUCUUCGACGAACACGAGCUGGAGCUGCUUCUGUGCGGAAUCCAGCGUAUCGACGUGCGCGACUGGCGGAGCAACACACUGUACAAGGGGGACUUCCACGCGAACCAUCUGGUGGUGCAAUGGUUCUGGAGGGUGGUGCUGUCGUUCUCCAACGAGAUGCGGUCGCGCCUGCUGCAGUUCGUGACCGGCACGUCGCGGGUGCCCAUGAACGGGUUCAAGGAGCUGUACGGCUCCAACGGGCCGCAGCUCUUCACCAUCGAGAAGUGGGGCUCACCGGACAACUACCCGCGGGCACACACCUGUUUCAACCGAAUCGACCUCCCCCACUACGAGAGCUACCAACAACUCCGCGAGAAGCUCAUCAAGGCGAUAGAAGGCUCGCAGGGGUUCGCGGGUGUCGACUGAUUCACCGACCCCGUGGCCACUCUAGCAUCGUUCGUGAUGCGGCGUGUGCUGAGGUGCCGGUGGAACGUUUACUGCAGGAGGCUACUUGGUUAUAGGUGAUCAUCUAAUGCUAAGAUAUUUAACUAAAAAACUAUUAGACAUUUUAUAUAAAUUAAGGUGCUCACCUAUCGCUAAGUGAUGCUCUUGCUGGCGCUGAUAUGUGGGAGUGAUCAAGCCUUAUUCUAGAAUACUAUAUUAUAUUUAACUGACGCUUGGAUAAGUAGUCGAUCUUACAGCGUUAUGUAAGCUAAGUUAAAUUAUGUCAAACAUAAGUAUUUGACAAACGUAUUUGCAAUAUGUGCGUUUAGUUCUCAAGUUGUCGUAAUCAUUCAACAUUCUAAUCAUACUUGAGUUGUUAAAUAUAUUCUUAGGGUAAAGCCCCCUGUUUCCGGCCACAUGAUAUCUUGAGUUGACUUAUUUUAGUCAAUAAAGGACUGUACUUAUUAUUCUAUAUGCGGUUGUUACUUCCUAUAGUUAUCAGACGUUGAGACUUAUGACGAAAAACUUAUGACUAAUUUAUCUAAUUAUACAUAAGUAUCAAAUACAGCAAUUAUACAAAAUUAUUAUAGUCUACAGUUUACUACCAAAUGUUAUUAAUAGACUGGGGCCAGAAAUAGGCAGAUUUACCUUAACCACUUGUAAUUAUACCGUCAAUUAUGUAUUAUAAUUAGAUAGGAAUAAAUAAUUAAUAGAAACAUGCUUAGAUAUUACUAAUAAUAAAUUUUCAGUAACAUAUUAUAUUGAAAAGCGUUUUUUAAUGAUGCUUAUUAAGACUCUGCUUUCAUAUCGAAAAUAUUAUAAGUUAUGAUAAUCUUAUUAUUGAAAGUGAUAGAAAUAUACAAUACGAAGCUUGACUUGUGUGGGGUGUGUAAGUAGAUUUAUUGAAUGUUGUAUAAACUGUAUUUUGAACUGCAAUUAAUUGGCUUAAAAUCCAGGUUUAAUUAAGUUCACUGAGAUCUACUGGAUCUAAUUAUGUUCAACAAACUUUCUUCCACUUACAACCAUACCGUGCAAUGCACUCGGUGGGCAUUUUUUUUAAAGUAUGGAUUACAAUAAUAUCUUGCAGUAAUUUUUUAAAAUUAAAUAGCCUGAGGGUGUUCGCCAAUUCCAUCCCAAUCUAUAGUAUCAUUAAGAAAAUCAUGUUAUAAUAACAUUUACCACACAAACAUUAUUAACAAUUCUUUUAAAUGUUUUGUACAUUUUCUGGGAUCAUAUUGUAAAAGCAUAUACAUCACGCAAUUAAAGACUUACUAACUCCACUUAUUCGAGCAUAUCACAAUAGUAUCCCGCAAAAAAUCUUAUCUACAUCCAAGUCAUAGUCUGCCAACGCUCAUAUCAUUCCUCUGGUGUUGUAAGACAACGGCGGUGGUGAUUACUUGCCUAAUUUACCUUCCAAAUGCCUCCCUAUGUCAUAAAAAAUUAAAGGCAAUACUAAUUCCUUAAUACUUUCAUCGAAGUGCCACGGUGAUCCCUUCAAUUAUAUGACAUAUAUAGCUCAACUAGCUUGUUAACUUUUUUAUAUUCUUAUCUACACCCAUGCUUAAAUCGUCUAUUAAAGAUGCUAAAACAGAUGUCUCUAAUAACCAUUACAUCAUCCAAACGAGUAUUGUAAUAAAAUUCAGUACAACAUUACAACACUCGUUUGGAUGAUGUGAUGGUUACUAGGACUGGCUUUUUUAAUGUUUGUAGUAAGCUAACUGUUUCAGAAUGUUAUAUAUAGAGGAUUCAUAUUAUGGGUGUAGAUAAAGUCUUGUAUGCAAAUUGUGGAUAAUUAGAUACCCCUUAUUGUGUAAUCAGUUGCAUAAAUAACUAUUACUAUAGACUCACGCUAGUUUGUAUAGGUCUAUAACAGCCACAUUCCACUGGCUUUAUUUCUUGUUCCAUCAUAUCGUAGAAUUGCCGUAUCGGGUACAAUUCCAAUCUCUGUGCAGAUGCUGUGAAUUUCCUUAAAGUAAAUGUAAUUCAUUAAUAUAUCGAUCGAGUCGUAAUAAUAAUUACUAAAAUUUCAGAUAAUAUAAUUGUUAUUUAUAAAACUUUAGUAUUUUGAGACUUAACUUAAUCUUAAAGUUAAAUUAUUAACACUUUGGUGAGACAUUGCAACUUUAUUAAUUAACACAGCUUUACUCACGUUUUAUCGGUGUGUGAGAAGGACCCUGGACCUCCGCAUAGUCCAAAACUAGUCGGUACCCACACCGAUAAAACGUGAAUAAGCCGUGUUAAUAAAUUUGGUUCUUAAAGUGUUUUUAAUUAUUGGAACAAUUUCGUGAUCGUUGCUGGCCUUAAAGCGUAACUAAUAGUAUUUUUAAAGUACCCAUGCCAUAUCAGUAUGUCUAACUGCAGAACUUUUCCACAACUAUACCAAUAAAUAUAUUUCAUCGGUAAGUCUUUUUUAUUAAGCUGUUGUUGUUUUAUAAUAAAACUAGCUGACCCGACAGACGCUGUUUUGUACAUAAUAAACAAAAUACUGUUUUUUAUGAAUUGUCAAUAAUAUUUCGUAACAUCAAGAAUUAUUUCGUUAAAUAUGCUCCCUGUUGUUUUAAUGAAAUUGUUUUACAGCAAAACUGUCAAACCGUGCGUCAAUAAAUUUUCUCAUAGAAAAUAUGUCCACACAAAACAAAUAUUGGAAAUUAAAUAUCGGUCGCAAAUCGAAAGGAUCCUAUCUCUCAAGUUGGACGAAAGUGCACUUGAGAGAAAUCCCAUUAAAGUCUGUUCAUUAGUUUAUGAGUUCACUGGAAACAAACAUCAGGACACUGGAUUUAUAUAUAUGAUAUUUUAUACCGAUCAUUCAUCACUAUCAGAUUCUUAAUUUAUUCGAAUUGCCGCUACUUUCACAUCACUGGUGUCAAGAUCCCCAAUAUUCGGAGCGUUCCAAGUUUACAUAGCAUUUAUAUAUGUUUAUACAUGCGACAGUCGGCCCGCAAGGAAUAAGCACUUAUAAUAUUUUUGAUUUUUCAAUAAAUUCCAUUAACUAUUGAACCCAUGUUUUAGACAGUAUGAAGGAAUACAAUAAGAUAUCAUUUCGUUUAUUUAUUAUUAUCUGUAGGUUACGCUUAUGAAUAAAUCACUGUAUAUAAAAUAUUAAUUCUAGCAGUAAAUUCAAAUUUAGUCCAUCAAAUGGAUGUGCGCCGUUUAUUUAUUAAACUUACUUAAGUCUAACUAAAUCUCUAGCGCUUAUUUCGUCCUUGUCAACGAGAAUUAUAUUAAGCUGGGUUUAAGCUGUAAGCCAUAUUUUUUGUUCAAAGUUAUCUAGAAUUUAAGGUUCUCAUUGCAGUAGUUGUCUGUUUGUUAAAUCAUGCUUCAGUAUCGGCUGUCCUUCUUAUAAGACGCAAGACAUGAACAACAAUAUUAUAUAAUAAUAUUAUUAAUAUUAAACCAUAUUAUGGUUUAUCUACACACAUGCUUUAAAACUUUUUCUAAUACAGUUAGCUUAUUGCCAACAUUAAAACACCCAAUAUCCCAAUAACCAUUGUAUCAUCCCAACGAGUGUUGUAAUGAAAUUCAGUACAUUACAACACUCGUUUGGAUGAUGUAAUGGCUACUAGUACUGGCUUUUUUAAUGUUAGCAGUAAGCUAAGUGUUUCAGAAUAUUUUAUAGAGGAUUCAUAUUAUGUGUGUAGAUAAAAUCUUGUAUGCAACUGUUGAUAAUUAGGUAUUAAAACACUCAUGUGAUAUUAUUGUCAUGAUAUUCAUAUAUCAUGAGAUAAACCCACAUUCGUGUUUUAAUACCCAUUAUUACACAAGAGUUGCACAAAUAACUAUUACUUAAUGAGACAUAUUCUAACAUAUAAGCCUUAAUUAAUUACUGGUCGUAGUUUCAUGCAUUUUGAAAGUUUAAAAUCGAAGUUUAUAUAAUCUCACGCAGUAAGAUAUUUAGUUAUUGUUAAUUUUUUAAUUCUUGGAUAAUAUUUGAGAUCUUCUAUCAUCCUAAUAUAUAGCAUCUUCAUACACGCAUAGAAAAAUGCGUAAUAAACAAUUUCUAGGUGUGUCAAGGGCACCUGCAAAAUACCGACUGGCACAAAAUAAUUAUUUCGCGGGGUAAUCAAAUAUCAUCAACUGAAUCCUAUGCUUGUUUAUAGCUGAUAAAAAUACACGGAAUCGUCAUAAUUUGCAAAGUUAAUAAUUGGUGUUUUUUGUUUUUGAAUAUCUAAAACUAUUUAUCUGCAUUUGUUGAAAUAGAAUCUUCCUGUUUAUUUUAGCUGCACUUGUUUGUAAAAAUUAAGCUUAGUUGGACGUGAAAAACGUUCCAAACCACUAUCAUGUCUAAAUUGAGUUAACAACACAAAACUGGUCAUGUGGUUAAUAUUAACGGACUCACCCAAAAUGGCAGCCCCACUGUCACUCUUUAAAUGAAAAAAAAAUGUGCAAAGGAGCCUCCCACAACGGUGCCUACUUCUGGCGUGAAGCAGUAAUGUGUAAACAUUACUGUGUUACAGCGCCCUUCAGGCCGAAAAACAGAAAUAUGUGCCGUACCGAUACCGCACUACCUAAGAACAAUAGCUUUCUUUUUAUGGCAACAAUUAGAUGCCUGUGUGCGUGGCAACUUGACACUUAAUGGCAUCUUUCAAAUUUGGUAACAUACGCUUCGUGUUAUUUUACAUUGAUAUUAAUAAAAUACAAAAUACUUACUGAUGAUAUGUGAUUCCAGUGUCUUUAUUAUUUCUUGUAGUGUUAUUUUUACAAAGUUAGUAUAUUCAAUUAGGAAAGUUUAACAGAACACGUGGCACGUCAACGUCACACAUUGUUCGAGACUGGCUCGAUUGCGCCCACUUGUGCGUAGUUGCCGCACUUUGCGACUGCGGUAUCUAGUUGGAUCGCAGCUGAGACCAAUCUUUAAUCUAAGAUUAGGUAAUUAAUUUUACUUAGCCUAUUCAGUUUUGUCGUAUUUGUGUUCUUGAAGUCAGCCGAUACUCGUGCUAGUCACAGUUUUUGUCUAUAAAGACAAUGAUAUCUACACAACACUGCAUAUUCAUUUGGGUGCUUAAAACCAUAGACUUAGAAUUACUAGCGUAUAGACGAUCUGACAGCCCGAUAAUGGGUGACCGGCACUGACCUCUACUAUAUACCACUGGACUGGCGGCUGUCAAAGUGCUUUUGUGUCUGUUUGAUUUUCGCCAUUUUGGCGCUGUUGGCCACGUAGCGAGAGUCUGCGGUACUAAAACUAUUGAAAACAACCACAGCAAACAUUGAUAGAUGGUAGGAAACUAUUUAAAAAAAAAAUGUGUACUUUAUUACGUUGAUUCUUGAAGUAUAAAUAACACGGAAAUCGAACGAAAUUAAUUCAAAAUGCAAAAAUACUUCAGAGUAUUGUACGUUCCUUUGCAGCCAUUUGUACGUCAAAAUUAGUUCUGUGGACACUCGCGAGUGGCGCUUCAAAUAGGCACAAAAAAAUUGCUGUCAAACUUAUGGAACACUGGUAUUUAUACAGGUCAAUGGUGACCGGUCUAAAGCGGUUACAGAAACAACAGAUUCGCUUUCCUUUUCUAUAUUGCUGUAUCUCGUUAAAGAUGUUCUCGCUUGGACUUUGUGUUCGUCUUUACGCUCGUGUUAGUCUAUGCUUAAAAUUAAAAGGUAGAUUAGACGAGAUAAUUUAAUAAAUUCUAAUAUGUAAUGCCUUAAAAUUUUAAUAUUAUAUUAUCAUGUGGUGAGUUUGGCUGGGGCCACAUACAACGAACGAAAGGGAAAGAGUUAUGAGUAGCGCGGCGAGUGAAAGAGACGGAAGACCUCUAGAUGACUCGUUCGCCGGACAGUGCUUUAUACGUGGGGCAGCCUUUCUCGAUGUAAAUAUUAUCAUUAUUAAAUUUAAUAGUUAUGGUGCGAAGUGUGGUGGUUUCUUAAUACGCCAUAUAUACUGAUGUAGCAAUAAAUACGCUUGUCUACGAUAAGUUUAAAACUAACAAUUUGCAAAAUUAUAAAAACGAUAUUUAUUUAAAAAAAAAGUAGUCUGUGUCCUUGGGAAGCUUCCCCUCCUAAAGGUAAUAUAAGCCACAGCCUACAACGUACCGGUUCCUUUGAUCCUCUAGCUAUCGAUUAGCUUAAUUAAUAUUUGUAUGUGGAUGAUUGAUAUGUAGCAACAUCACAAACUAUAUCCCUCGCAUUUCUUAUCAUCACUUUUCUCGAUUGCCUUCUCUUUUGCUUCGAUAUAUCGAUAAUCAAUGUGGCACCUCUGAAGAGACUGAAGCACCGCCCAGAUUUCGAUCGAAUCGAAGGCGUUCUCAUAGUCCAUGAACGCCAAGCGUAGUAGCUGGUUAUACUCCUCCGUCUUCUGUAUAACCUGCCGCAGUGUACGCAUGUGUCCUAUGGUGCUAAAACCUUUUCGGAAUCCGGCUUGUUCGGGAGGCUUGAAGUCGUCGAACCUGCGCACGAGAUGAUUCGUGAUAACCCUAGAAAACAGCUCAUAUACAUGGCUCAGAAGUGAUAUAGGUCUAAAGUUCUUCAAAAGCAAUAUAAAGAAGUAUUAGCAAAAAUAUAUUCCGAUUGAACCUGAAAAUUAUUAAACCACAGACCCAAAAAAAAAAUUUCUAAAACAAAUAUUGUAAUUGUAUCGUCAGACGAAGAUCGUUUGCGUGACGUCACGAAACGUCUUCCGUUUGGAAAGGGUACUUUUAAUUGGUGGUUUGAGAGUAUGACGGCCUGAUGUCGUCUCAAUGCAUUUGCAUUAUAACCAAUGACGUUCUACACAUAUACAUAUAGACAAAUCACGUCAUAUAAAAAUAAAGCUUAAAUAUGGAACAUGCCACAUUCUUUGAUGCCCUACCUACAUAUACAUUAUUAGCCGUUACCGCCGGCUUGGCUGGGCGAAUUUUAAAAGGAAAUAAAUUAAAUUUUAUUCAUCUUAUUACAAAUACAAGAAACGAAUAAGUAGUCAUAAACCAUCUAGGAUAAAUUUCGCAUGGAAUGGUGGUAGUUUUAUGUCGAUACGAUCAAUAGUUUUGGCGUGAUUGAUCCGCUAUCAGACUGCGAACGAUAUGUUCUUAUCUAUGUGUAGAACGUCAUUAUAUAUAAUAUAUAACACGACAAAUUAUUUAUUUCCUCGUGACGUCACAGUUAGCGGCGCUGAAAUUCGUUUAUAAUAUAUAGAUAUUUUAUCAUAUUGCUAACGAAAUUAUGUGGGAUAUAUUCAUGGACAAUUUAAAAUGUAGGCGCUGUAUUUGGUAGCGUUUUAUAUUAGGACGUGCUAGGAAUGACUGACUGUUAUAUUAUAUAUUGUAAUUACUCGGACUAAGAGAUUGAAGUACGGACACAAAUGAAACCAGUUUUGCUUUAUGUUGCGGUAUGUUUGACACUUCUGACUAAACGACUGCCGAGUCGCCGACCGCCAUAUGUUUUAAAGGAAGAUAUUCAAAAAAAUAUACACAAAUUAAAUUUGAAACGAAAGAUUAUGUACGCGACGUCACUCGAACGGUUGACUCAGUGAAAGAGCGCUCGCACGGAACGCGAGAGGUCGCGGGUUAGUCACACAUCGUUCAUAAAUUUUGUUUUCAAAUUUAAUUUGUGUUAUUAAUCACAGAAGUGAGGGUUAUCAAAUUUUUCAAUAAAAUAUACAUAAUUAUCUUUUACAUACAUAUAUUAACUUAUUUAAAGAUUCCAAGCAAUUAUCUAUCACCAUCACGGACGAAGUUCAUAAAUAAACAAUAUUAUCUGGGGCCUUGAAACAUGGACAUGAAACUACUUAUAUCACAGAGCUACUUAAACUGUAGAGAACCUGAUGUUUUAAUAUGUAGUGUUAGUAUAUUUACAGGUAAUAAAAUUCUUGUAAACGGCGUGAUAAUCUACUUCUCUUUGUCUGACUAUAGAUUAUAAUUUAAAAUUAUAUAAAAUGUUUGAAGUUUACGCUAGACACGUUAUUUUAUUACGAAUAUUAUAGAUUGUGUAAAUAUUACGGUGAUAUUGAAUUAUACAUACAAAUAAACGUUAUCAAUAAUU